CCCAAGGACCAGGCCGUUUUUAAGACGUCUCCGGAAUCCACUUGGAGACCUCCAAGUGGGGACCAGGCCAAGCGGACCUGCGCAGGGAGAUGCGAGUCCUGCUGGCGUCUUGGAGGCAGGGUCGCGGCGGCGGGCGGGAGCGGGCCUGCGCUAGCCUUUGGGUCCUGCCUUAUGGCCUGUUCUCUUCCAGGGUCUUUCCCGCAGCCCCGGAGAAGACAAGGCACCCUGGCCGCCACUGUCCGCACGGUGCCGACUCGCCAGCCCGCCAGCCCUUCCGAGGGCAGACAGAAGCCCUGGCCGCGGCCGCCGCCGCGCCCAGCCCGCGGGCCAGGCCGCCCCAGCUCGCCCCUCGGGCCGUGGCGUGUGCUCAGCCUCACGUCGGGGUGUGUGUGGCUACGCGGGCGUGUGUGAGUGUGGCAGGGGGAGGGGGCCUUCCGAGCUGCUCCAUCCGUCCGUUUUAUUAGGGACACAUUAAUCUAUAAUCAAAUACACCUCAUAAAAUUUUUAUUGAAAGGCAUAAUAUCAUUACAGAGGUCUUCCACCUGUUUUAAACAACACGACAAGCUGUGAGCGAGCGUGUGUGUGGGUAUGUGUAGGGAGGGGGUGGCUUUGGGUAGGAGAGAGCCACAGCGAGAAGAACUCCCCUCGGGCGCCAGGGGGCCGCCUCAGAAGGUCGGCCUGCCUCGGGCCCGCACCCGGCCCUGCGCGCCCCCGACUGCCCUCGGCUCUGGCCAAGCACUCGGGGCGCCCAGGGCGCGCGGCCGGUAGCCCGGAGCCCAGGCACUGGGGCAGCAGCGCCAGGGACCAAACUGCAAGACCGAGGGCGGCAAGAGAAGGCGAACAAAUAGUCCCCAGCGCCUCCUCCGGCCGCGCUCGGGCGUGUGGUCACAGCCGCCGCCGGGCAGGCCGGGCCAGGCCGGGCCGAGCCCCGGCGCACGGGCCGGAGCCCGCGGGCUCUAAUUGCGGCGCUUAUGUUGAUGAUUUUUUUUUUUUAAAUCACAGCAGCCCCCAGUUUAGCGGACUGAUUUACUCCCGGUAUUGGUAAAUAUGAUCACGUGGGCCGCGCGACCAAUGGUGGAGGCUGGAGCCUGCGAACUAGUCGGCGGCUCGGGCGCCGGCGGGGAGCGGCGCCGCGGCGGGCAGUGUAACCUUGGGUGGGAGCGCACGGCGCCUCAAAAUGUCCUCCAGUGGCACCCUCAGCAACUACUACGUGGACUCGCUCAUAGGCCAUGAGGGCGACGAGGUGUUCGCCGCGCGCUUCGGACCGCCGGGGCCCAGCGCGCAGGGCAGGCCCGCAGGUGUGGCCGACAGCCCGGCCGCUGCUGCCGCCGAGUUUGCCUCGUGUAGUUUUGCCCCCAAAUCGGCCGUGUUCUCCGCCUCGUGGUCCGCGGUGCCGGCCCAGCCCCCGGCGGCGGCGAUGAGUGGCCUCUACCACCCGUACGUGCCCCCGCCGCCCCUGGCCGCCGCCGCCUCCGAGCCCGGCCGCUACAUGCGCUCCUGGAUGGAGCCGCUGCCCGGCUUCCCGGGCGGCGCGGGCGGCGGCGGUAGCGGUGGCGGAGGGGGAGGCGGAGGCGGCGGUGGCCCGGGCCCUGGUCCCAGCCCCGGCCCCGGCCCCGGCCCCAGCGGCCCACCCAACGGGCGCCACUACGGGAUUAAGCCUGAAACCGGAGCAGCCCCGACCCCUGCCGCUGCCGCCACCUCCACCUCCUCCUCCACUUCCUCGUCUUCUUCCUCCAAACGGACUGAGUGCUCCGCGGCCCGGGAGUCCCAGGGGAGUGGCGGCCCCGAGUUCUCCUGCAACUCGUUCCUACGGGACAAGGUGGCAGCUGCGGCUGGGGGAACCGGGCCCGGGGCGGGGAUCGGGUCCGGGUCCGGGGCAGGCGGCUCGUCGGAGCCCUCGACUUGCAGCGACCAUCCGAGCCCGGGCUGCCCGCUGAAGGAGGAGGAGAAGCAGCAGCCGCAGCCGCCGCAGCAGCAACUUGACCCAAACAACCCCGCAGCAAACUGGAUUCACGCUCGCUCCACCCGGAAAAAGCGCUGUCCCUACACCAAAUACCAGACGCUUGAGCUGGAGAAGGAAUUCCUCUUCAACAUGUACCUCACCCGGGACCGGCGCUACGAGGUGGCAAGGAUUCUAAACCUCACAGAGAGACAGGUCAAAAUCUGGUUCCAGAAUCGUAGGAUGAAAAUGAAAAAGAUGAGCAAGGAGAAAUGCCCCAAAGGAGACUGACCCGGCGUGCCGGCCUGACCGCUCUGCUGUGCGACCGCAGUGGGGUUUCUCUUUGUGGGUGCUUGAUUUCCAGAAACUCUCCAGCGAUUCGGACAUUUCCCCCCUUUUUUAGGUAGAAGUGACUGUGUGGUUGGUCUCUGUGAGGUAUUUGGGGGGCUCUGUAUUUGCUCGCUUAUGUGUUGGAGAAACCAAGUGGCUUUGAGGUUUUGCCCUAUCCUGCUCCCUCCCUUUUCUGCCCGAGGGUUCCUUAGGAAAUGCUAGAUUUGUGAGUGCACGCUGGCUUGAGGAGCCCUCUCCUGUGUAAAUGUUCCCUGUGUUUCUGAAAAGUGCUGUAGUUUAGCUCCCAGCGCUGCUCAAGCAGGGGCCAAGCGCACCCCACUUCCCAGAAUGAAGGCAGAACGACGACGUGCGGAGGCCGGCCCAGGCCAAGGCCUGGCCAGGUUGCCCACCGGUUAUGAAAGCCCCCUUUCCUCAGGGAGCCCGCGGGCCCUCGACUGAGACCUGGAAUGAGGCAGAGAGAGAAGCUCAGGGCCUCUGGUGGGUCGGGGGUUUAUUCUCAGUGCACUGGAGGAGCUGCUCUCUCCCCGGGAGGGCUCGGCGCGCGUGGGCGGCCGCGGGUGUAGACCCUCCCGGUUUCUGCCUGAGGACCAGUUGUAAAUGUUACCGCUUCCUACCAAUAAAUGCUGACCUGAUCAAAUGGAGCCCCGA